GGACACGGGGGCGGGCUCGGCCCGCGCAAGUUCCUGCUUCUUUGGAACAAAGAAAACUCUUGUCUCCCGGCGUCCGUCAGUCCGUCAGUCCCUCUCGGGCCCUGGGCUAGCAGCCCCCUGCACUCCCGGAGCCGGCAGCCCCCCCUCCGCAGCUUCCCCAGGCUCCUUUGGACCUGCCCGGGAAGGGGGGGAGCACGCAGCCUUCCGCGGGGGUCUGGGACGGCCAAUAUGGAGCCCGGGGAGGGGGGACUCAUUUAAAGCCCAGACCCCUGACCCCCACCCUCCCGGGUUUGGGGGGGCGCUCUGAGCACGCCGGCUCCCAGCCCCGGAAAGGGGGGGUGGGAAGGAAACUUUUUCUGCCUUUGGACACGUUUGACCCUUGUACGGACCCUGGACAGCCCAAGCAUGUCAGACAGUGACCUGGGUGAGGAGGAAGGGCUGGCCUCACUGGACCUAACCCAGGCAGGCAAGAGGAAGAGGAGAGGGAACCUCCCAAAGGAGUCUGUGAAGAUUCUCCGAGACUGGUUGUAUGAGCAUCGUUUCAAUGCCUAUCCCUCUGAACAGGAAAAGCUGAGCCUUUCUGGGCAGACGAGCCUGUCUGUGCUACAGAUUUGCAACUGGUUUAUCAAUGCACGUCGGAGGCUUCUCCCAGAUAUGCUGAGGAAGGAUGGCAAGGAUCCCAACCGUUACACCAUUUCCCGCCGAGGUGGCAAAGCCUCUGAUGUGGCUGUGCCACGAGGUUCAAGUCCUAGCCUGAUGGCACCAGGGUCCACUCCAGCCCCCUCCAAAGUGCUGUCAGUAUCUGUGUGCCCCUCUGCACUCUGUUCCUCUGCACCCCCAGUGGGCGCUCACCUCCCUGGUCCUGCGGCUGAGAAUGAGAGUCCAUCACCCCCUUCUUUAAUUAGUGGGGAGCCACAGCCCAUCCCGGGCCCUGGUAGCACACUCACCCUGCUGGCCAGGGCGCAGGCUGGAAGCCCAACCAGUGGACUAUUUAACACCCCACCCCCGACGCCCCCUGAGCACUAUGGAGAGGACUUUAGCAGCUUCCAACUGCUGGUGGAGGUGGCCCUACAGAAAGCAGCUGAGCUUGAGUCACAGAAAAAGGAUCUGUUGCCCUCUUCAUGGCAUACAGAUCUCCCAUUGGUAGCCACCAAUCCUAAGUAGUCCUUCUUGGAAGGGCUUUCAGGACUCUGUAGGGAGACAGUUGGUCCUCUUCUUGUGUUUUUCCUGUUGUUCAUUGUGUUGUUUGGGGUCUUUCCUUUUACCUUCAGGGUCUCUGCCACCUAUGGGAUUGCCCUCUUUGCCCAGAUAGGUUCUCCCACAGGAACAUUUGGGUGUAUCAUACUGUGCCCACCAGACCUCCUCUUGUCUCUCAUCUGCUCCACGCCCAACACUGGGGUCAUCUGCAGGCUAGGAGAAGUUGGACCAAGAAAUCUGAAUCACUGGUCAGUUCAUUUCCUGUCCUUCAGCUUCUGGGAACAGUAUACUCCUAUCUCCAAGAAUUCCCACAUUGUCACAUUUUCUGCCCUUGGGCACUGUACUCACUGCUCCUGCCUAGUGUCUCCCUAAUUCCUUUCCACCAAACAGCCAUGUAUGGGGUCUGGGCUUAUCUUAUACCCUAGCCCAUUUUUCAUCUCUACAGACUAAAUAAAGUAUAGUGAACUGGCAAGACCACAGAGGUACAAAGAAAGAAGAGAAAAGACUGUUGGUUCAGUGACCAGAUUCAGAAAAAAGAAUUCCAAAAUGAUUUUUAGUUUCAAAGAAAAUACCUUAGUAAGUGUUCUUUUUGUUUUUUGCUCCAAGUCUUUGCUUUGGAUACCUAGCAGACAGAAAGCAGGCAGCUAGAAUAAUCCAAAUGACAUGGGGCUGUGGAACUGCCAAAUCCAUUAUUUAGCAUUACUUCUUGGUGAGAAGGGAAUAAAGGAAUUCUAAAGAUUUUUAAAAAUUUAAUUAAAAAAAAAAACUUUCAUACCCUGGCUUUUAAGGUAGUUAUUGUUCUAGAAACUUGGACUAAAGUGGAAUGUGUUUCCUGCCUUCACCAUCAGCAGCAUUCACCCCCACCCCCACCCCCCAAAAAGGCAAAAAAGCUUGGGCCAUCUAGUGGUUAGUCUGAUUACUACUCCCAAAUACUUUCUUUUGAAUCCAAUUUGAUCAGCUUUUCUCACACACCCCAAUGCAGUUCUUGCUAAUCCAAGUCAGUAGGACUGGGGGGAACAGGAGGCUGGGCAGAAAAUGGAGGUUAAGUUUGGAAAUUAUAUGGUAGAGUGGUUACAGAUAAGUUGUUGCACCUUUUCUUUCUCUGAAUUCUAGCUUCAAGGGCUUUGACCCUCUGAAUACCUCUAAAAAUAGGUCACUAUUAGUCUUAGUGAUUUCUUCCCCUCCCCCAUUUUGAUUAAAAAAAUAUUGCUAUUUCAUAGGUUUACUAUGUUAAAUAGCAAUAGGUACCAGCUUAUAUGUAUCUCGAAAAACACUAAUCCUAGGUUUAGACUGAGUAUUCUUUUUGUAUGAAUAAUAUUAAUGUCAGUAGAAGAUGGGAAGGAGCACUCCUCAACCCACUGUACCUUAGAUAGAUAGGAUGGAUGGGGUGAUGUUUAUGUGGAAUAAGACAUUGAGGAGCAGGUAGGGAAGAGACUUGUAGAGACCCUCUGUUUCUCCUACUUCUUGAGCCAGACUUUCCCUUCUCACCCCCCCCCCCCCCCCAUCCAUUCCUUGUCUCUUUCCUAAACCCACUUUCUAGCUUGGCUCUGAUUUUUGUAAGUCUAGAUUAUGUUUAAAUAAGAUCACAGAACUCUAGUGCUGGGGCCACCAAGAAAGACAGGUUGUUGGGAGGCGAGAGAGGGAGAAUGACUUCCACAGUGCACUAUGCAAUGGGGGGGGUGGGUGUCAUGCUGCUGGACCCUAUUAUACAUCUCUUGGGGUGAUGGGGGAAGCUGUGGUUUGGUAAGUUGGACUGUGUCUGGGUUUGGUUAAUAUGUCUAAAGCGUGAGGGAGAGAAACGGGCCCUCCUGUUGAACUGAGAAAAAAAAAACACAACAAAAACUACUGUAAAUAACUUGUUGGAAUUUUUUUUUUGUCAAAUAAAAGAUUUUUUUAAAAAUGCAAACUGAA